AGAGCCGCCGGCCAGGGCCGGCAGCGGAGCCGCGGGAGGAGGAAGAUGGCGGCUCGGCGGGGCCGCUUCCUCUGCCUGCCGCUCGCCCUGGCGCUCCUGGCGGGCGGCAGCAGCAGCAGCAGCAGCAGCAGCAGCAGCAUUAGCAUUCAGGCGGCCGGACAGCUGCCUGCUGCCUCGUCCGAGGCCUUUGACUCUGUGCUCGGCAACACGGCUUCAUGUCACCGCGCCUGCCAGCUCACCUACUCCCUGCAUACCUACCCCAAGGAAGAGGAACUGUACGCGUGCCAGCGAGGCUGCAGACUGUUUUCCAUUUGUCAGUUUGUGGAUGAUGGCAUUGAUUUUAAUCGAACCAAAGUGGAAUGCGACUCUGCCUGUACUGAAGCAUACUCCCAAUCUGAUGAACAAUAUGCUUGCCAUCUUGGAUGCCAGAACCAAUUGCCAUUUGCUGAGUUAAGGCAAGAGCAAUUAAUGUCCCUGAUGCCAAGAAUUCAUCUCCUCUUUCCUCUGACACUGGUGAGAUCAUUCUGGAGUGACAUGAUGGAUUCAGCUCAGAGCUUCAUAACAUCCUCAUGGACUUUCUACCUUCAAGCAGAUGAUGGCAAAAUUGUCAUAUUCCAGUCAAAGCCAGAAGUACAAUAUGUUCCACAGCUUGAUCAGGAAACUGGAGAUGCAAGAGGAUCCAUGUCGCUGGGUAAAACAGCCUCAGACGCACAUCCAGGAAGUUCGCAGACCUACCGAGGACUUUUUGAACAGCGAGAAAAUGACAGCUUUUUCAAGUGUCUUUCCAUAAACUCCAGUUGGAUUUUAACCACUACGCUUGUCCUGUCAGUGUUGGUGCUGCUCUGGAUUUGUUGCGCAACUGUAGCUACCGCUGUAGAGCAGUAUGUUCCGUCUGAGAAGCUGAGCAUCUAUGGAGAUUUGGAAUACAUGAAUGAACAAAAACUGAACAGAUACGCAUCCUCUGCGCUUGUUGUGGUUAGAUGCAAGGCUGAGGAACAUGAAGAAGCGGGACCUCUUCCUACAAAAGUCAAUCUGGAUCAGUCAGCAAUUUAAAUUAAUUCUCCAUUGGAUCCAAUAGACUAAUUCUAACAGAACUAGCAACUCCUGAUUGAUUGUGGUGGUUCUCCAGAUAAAGAGCUUAGCAGCCAGUCUUUAAAUGCAAAUAAAGUUACAGAAUCAACCAA